AGUGGCUUCAGGACCACAAAGAGCCAAGGCAACAAGUUCGAUCAUGGAUGAGGGAUACCUGUAAGGCGAGGGCAGGCUACAUUAGAGACAAUAAGGACAAACCUGUGCAAGAGCUUUUACUGUUGUUUCCACGUUUAAUUGACACAGAAGGAAUGGUUGACCAGGAUUUCCGAAUUCUUUUCCCACAAUCAGCAGAUAAGUUAUUCCUCACAUGGCCGAAAUUUUGCAGACAUGUCCUGAACUAUGCUGAAAAGCAGGUGGAUUGGAGGCUAUACCUUAACUUCAAAGGUGCUGUUGAAACAGAUGAACAGGAGGUAAACUUAUCUCUGCAGGUGUUGCCUAUGCUGUUUCCACCGGGAAAGAAGAAAGGGGCAAAAGGGAGAAGUGGUUCUUCAACGAUGGAUGAAGCCCGCAAGGCAUUCGUGCAGCGCAAAGAGAUUGGUACAAACAUACCAGGCUUCUUGGACCAGAAGACUCAAACACAACCGUUUGUGUUAAUUCAAGGUGAAAUUGACAAACCAGAACAAGUGUUUGUUGUUGUGGAAAAUAGCACCAUCCCAUGUACAAGUCUCCUGAAAGGAAUUGAUAUAUGCAUGAAACUAGUGUAUAUCCUUGAUAUGGAUUAUGCUUGGCAAUGUCAACAUGUUUGGGACUUUCUGCAGAAGAAUGUUUACAAACUUGGGCAGGUGAAAGGUAGAGGUACCUCAGUUCCAGCAGUAACACUUCUCAAAACCUAUCUAGAAAACAAGGUAAAAGAAGUUUAGGGAGGCAUAUGUUUGUACAACACAUUUAGGUGAAUUGGUGUAUUUAAGCCUAAUGG